AUGGGGGGAAUGGUAGGCCCCAAACAGCCUCCAAUCAAUGCAAUGCCUAAUAUAAGCAAAGCCUCGGAUACGUGCACCGGCCAAGCAGCGUCAUGCACAACGCGCGGAGAAGGGUCGACUCCGAGUGCUUAUGAAGACCAACCACAACAGUUACAUGGUCCUGCAAGCCAGGGCAACGAAGAUGAGGAAAACAUCUUUAGAAGAAGUUCUCUGAUUCCACGAGAAAGACCAUCACCGCAGGAAAGAGAACGAGCCAGGUCAUGGCACGAAGAAAGAGAAGGGAGGGAAAGCAAGGAAGCAGAGGAAGGUGAUCGAGAUCGAGAAGGUAAAAGAAAACAGCGAGAUAGUCUGGAGAGGGAAAUGAAAAGAACGAAGGAAGAAGACCAAAGAACGAAAGAACCGAUACCCACGGGGGAAACGAAAGAAAUCAUAUUAGAAGCGAUGAAGAAGAUGGAGGCCAUGGUGGGAUGUAUUCAACAGAACACCUCAGUUCCUCUUAAGAACAACAUCCGAGCCUUCCAGAGGACUAUAACGAAACUCCAGAGAACGUACGAGAGAGAGGAGCGACAAAGAAUAGACAAAAUCGAGCAGCUGACGAGGAAGAUAGAAAAUAUAGAGAUAAAUAUGGCCAAAAGCGACGAGGCAGAAAGGACGAACAGCCGCCAGAACAACGAAACCUGUACACAAACUGAGUCCGAAAACGAAGAAAGGGCGAGUAAAGAGCGUCAAAAGAUUAUGGAGUACCUCAGAGGAGAAAAAAAACCCUCGAAAUUAUUAGAAAUAAUCGACCUCAAAUGGGAGGAAGAGAUGUUUAAAAGAGCGAAAUGGGAAGAAAUAAGCGAGAACAGUCACGUAGCCCCCGGCGCAAUAAUCUUCGUCGAAGCCGAAACGGAAGAGAUAAGCGACAAUAAGAUAGUCCAGAAAUUCUUGGACAAAGAGACGAGAGACGAAAUCAAACAAAUAAAAUGCAUAAAGGAGGGCGAAUACAUCAAGAUCGCCAGGAAUACCACCAUAACGUGGAGUGACAAAACUUCGAGGCAGAGGAAAAACGUUUACGUAAUUGGAGUAAAGACGAAAGAGGAACCGAAAAGCGGAAUAAACGGAGACCUGUACGCUAAUCUGGAGGCAAUAUUUAAUGAAAGCGCCAAAGGAGAAACAGAAACGACCAGACUCCUUGCACUGAGCGAUAAGAGAAGCGAGAAGACUCGUAAGAUUAUAGAAUAUCUAACCGCAGGCCUAAACGUAAGGGUAGCCUUAGAAACGCAGGAGCACGAAGAUAGUAAGAGAGGUACGUACGCCGGUGCCGCGAAGGCGAGCGGCAAAAAUGAAACAGUACAGAAACUAUAUAACAAAAAAAGAUACGUAGAAAUAAAAUUACAGGAGGGUCACGAGUACGAAGAAACGCUCAAAAGGCUUAGGAAAGCAAUCAAUAUAAAAGACACAAAUGUCAAGGUGGAAGGGAUUUUUAGAACGAAUGAGGGCAAUAUUAGAAUUGCAAUAAUAGAAAAGAUACCGGGUGCGUGUGCCGAGUUUAAGACAAAGGCAGAGAACCCUCUUCAGCUGCAGACCACCGUUAAAGAGGUAAUGGGAAGAACGACCACCUUUAUCAUCCGAGACCUGGAUAGCGCCGUGACAGAAGGAGAAGUAAAGCGGGGCAUCGAGGAAGCCACCGGUAUAACGUUAAGAGAGGGACGCUACACAAUCACCAUAAAGCCGGACCCGAAAAGAAAGGACAGUAAGAUCGCAUAUACCACCUUGAACCGCGACGAAGCGAGAACCCUGACGGGAAAGGCGAGGAUAAAUCUUGAGUGGGCUAGAUGCCGAAUCAGCGAGUUAAUUCGACCCGACAGAUGUUUCAAAUGUGGUAGCCUUCAACACGCUAUCAAAGAUUGCGAAGUAGAUGGCAAAGAAAGAGAAAAAGAUCGCUGCUACAACUGCCAUAAGAAGGGGCACAAGAGAAGUGAGUGCCAGCAUGAAAGCUAUUGCACCGACUGCGACGUAGUGGGGCAUGCGAUUAACACUAUGAAAUGCCCGAAGUAUAGAGAAGCGGUCGUCAGAAUUCGGGAAGAAAAACGAACGGCCCGAAUAGGUAGCGUGGCCGAACGGCAAGUCACGCAUAAAGAGAAAGAACCCGAAAAAAAGAGAGAGCCCACUAGUGAAGACCGAAUGGAGAUCGUAGAUGAGACUGCCCCGCGAGAAGCGGAAAACACGGGGCAGAUGACGUCGGGACAAAGUAAAGAGAUAAUGGUCACAGAGGAAGAGUUUAAGGUUGUUAAAAAGAAGAAAAAAGAAGGAAAAGGGAAGGGAAGGGACGCGGGGAGUCCCCAAGACCGACACUAA